ACGGGUCGAAUUCAGCCGAAGACAUGGCCGCAAGAUCCAGUUGAAUUCAAUCGCAUUCUCGGCAGGUACAAGGCUUCCAAGGAUGCUGCUGCCCCCGGUUUCCUAAAGAGAAGCUUCAGUUUAUCUGAUUUUUAUGAGGCCAAGAUGAAGAAAUAUGCUGACGGUGAUGACGGUGAUCACAGUGAUGGUGGUGAUGGUGAUGAUGAUGAUCAUGUCGAUCCCAAGCUUCAAAAACCGGGCAAUAAGCACAUUUCCGAAAAUAAGUACCCAACAUGGGAUGCUCGAAUUGACCUAUUUUCAGAAGAUGAAUUGAUUAAACUCAUUACUUCUCUCGAAGCCAAGAUACAGGCAUCAACACUGGAGAUUGAUUCCAUGGAAAGAUAUUAUGCUGUGAAACAAAAUCAAAAUUUAUCCCCAACUCACUCAAGCUCAAGCAAAACACCGCGACGCUUGAACCCUGCGUAUUUUGAUGUGCAGAUGCCCCCCUCUCAGGACCCUGUAAAUCCAUUUAUUCACGACGCAUUAGGCCAAAAAGUUACUCAUGAAUUGGCCCAAUGGGGUGGUUUUAAUAAGAAUCCGGCGUACUACUACUAGUACUACUACUUCAGUCAUGGAAUCGAAGAAUCCGAUGAAAACUACUUCUACUGCUAGUACUUCAGCCAUGGAAUUGAAGCCUCCAUUGCCAGUGAAAUGUCCAAUGCUGCCGAGUGCGUGGCUUUUGAACACAGAAUUACAGAAGAAGAUUUAACUAAGGACACCAUCUCGAAUCCUUGGUUAUCGAACUUCUAGUCUUCUGCUAAUUUUUGGUUUGAUUGGUUUAACUCUUGAUUUACCGUUUGGCUAUGAACAAUGUUCGCCUUGCUAUUGUUUUGUUUAGAGAUUAGCAAUUGCUUUGUAAUUUUAAUUUAAUUAAUUCAUUGUUGGAAGGCGGUUACCUUGGUUAUGCUUUCGUUCUUGAUAAAUUUAUCUUGCA